ACAAAAGCACCUAUUUAGUUUGCUUCCGCGAGCUUCGUUGUAAUAAAAGAAUGAUGUUGGUUUCAUUUUAUAUGAAAUGGAGCCGGGGCUGUGGCCCUUUUCCUCUAAAAAAACAACAGCAAGGAGGACCCAUCUUCUAGAAAAGUGUAGCUCUUUACAAUCUUAUAUCACUGAUAAGGUGAUAAUGGAGUGUGUCGGUCACUCUGUCUCAUACAUUAUGUGUAGUGUAGUUGCUGUAGAACAAAUAGGUACCCCCACCAGCAACCCCAAGCCCACCGUACCCAUCUUCUUUGAUAGUAUUUCUCCUCUACAUUGCUCCAAAGAUGGCUGAGUCCUUCGUUCUGAACACCGGCGCAAGGAUCCCGUCGAUCGGCCUCGGCACAUGGCAGACAGAACCUGAUGUUGUCGGCGAUGCCAUCUACGCCGCCGUCAAGGCUGGAUAUCGGCAUAUUGAUUGUGCUCCAGUGUACUGCAAUGAGAAACAGGUUGGCUUGGCUUUGAAGAAAUUAUUUGAGGAUGGUGUGGUUAAACGUGAAGAUUUGUUUAUCACAUCUAAGCUAUGGUCUGGUGAUCAUGCACCUGAAGAUGUGCCAGAGGCAAUUGGAACUACUCUUAAAGAUUUGCAGCUUGACUUCUUAGACUUAUUCCUCAUUCACGGUCCAAUUCGCAUCAAGAAAGGAACAACGCCGAGCCUUGAAACCUUUCUCCCACCUGAUAUUCCUGCUACAUGGAGAGCCAUGGAGAAGCUAUAUGACUCUGGCAAAGCUCGAGCAAUUGGUGUGAGUAACUUUGCUUGCAAGAAGAUGGAGGAUUUGCUUGCCGUCGCAAGGGUGCCUCCAGCAGUCAACCAGGUUGAGUGCCAUCUGAUUUGGCAGCAAGACAAGCUCCGUAAACUAUGCCAUUCGAGGGGUGUUCAUCUUUCUGCAUAUUCGCCAUUAGGUUCACCUGGAUCACCUCUACCUGGUAUCAUGGGGGCUAGUGUCCUUAGCAACCCCAUUGUCAUCUCUGUUGCCGAGAAGUUGCAGAAAACGCCUGCACAGGUCGCCUUGCGCUGGAGUCUUCAAAUGGGUCAGAGUGUACUUCCAAAAAGCACCAAUGAAGCAAGGAUUAAAGAGAACUUUGACAUAUUCGAUUGGUCCAUUCCCAAAGAUUUGAUGGCGGAGCUCUCCAGUAUCAAGCAGGAAAGGUUGCUGAAAGCAGAAUUCGCAGUUCACCCUCUAAGCGUUUACAAAACCUUGGAGGACCUUUGGGAUGGCGAAAUUUAAAGCACAUGAACUUCUCUGGAGUGAACAACGCACUGCAUAUCCGCAGUAUACCUUGUGUGUUAAAUAAAGUUAAUUCUUUGCCUUGGCACGCUCAACAAGGAUUGCAAGAAUAUCCGCCACAGUAUUAUGCAAAAUGUCUACCUGUCGGAGGCCCUUCUUUGCGUAGAAGUAGUAACCAAUGUCAUCAUUGACCUUGACGAAUACACUACCCGUUAGGAGAGAAACCCUUCAUUACGAGGGCUUGUUGAACAAAAAGGCCACUUAGCUAUGUCAUAUGCCUUUUCAAAAUUGAUCUUGAAUAUGAAGUAAAAUGUACCGGUGAUCACUGUAUUUGUCUCAACAGGUUUUACUUUGGUCAUUGUACUAAAGAAUGAUGUCAAUAAAUAUGAUAUUUGGUGAUUA